AUGUCUCUUCAACUUCUCUGCCAAUUAUCAAUCGCUGACCCAACCACAGAACCCGAAGAGUCCGAUGACCACUUCUCAGAUGCUUCCGAAGGCACUGCGUCAUAUCCCCCUGCCAUCACCGGUCGUAACCGUGCUCUUUCCAUUCCCGUAACCCGCGUUGAGAAAGUAGACGACGAGCCCAGACAUGGCGAGGUUCCCGGCACUGAAGCCUACAACAUUAGAUCUCAAGACGCCGUACCUGACGAGAUUGAGAUUGUCCCCGACGGCACCAGAAGCCGCAGCACUUCACGGGUUAGCGAGUCUGACAGACCUGUGACUCCUGGUGGCACUCCAGUUCCCCAUCUUGUUGUCGAAAAAGUCGAUCCAAGCGCCCCUAGCCAUGGCGAUGUUCCCGGCACAGAUGCAUACGAGAUGCGCACUGCCGAUGCUCAACCCGACGAAGUCAAGCAGGCCCCUGCCUCGUCAAGUGCCCCUCUUGAGCAGACCUCCCAAUCCGAUCUCCCCAACCAACCCAAGACCGACACUACCACCAUACAACCAGCAGAGGAAAACGAAGACGACUUUGACGACUUCGAUCAACCACAAACACAAAACAACAAUCAUGCCGACAACGACGAUGAUGCUUUCGGUGACGACUUUGACGACUUUGAAGAAGGCGGCGCAGAUCAGGCAGAUGGAGAUGAGGAUGACUUUGGUGACUUUGACGAUGGCUUCCAACAAGCAGAAGAGCCCGCCGUUCCCGUACCUCCUCCUCAACCUCCCAAUCUCAAUUUCGCGGAUCUGCAGACCUCGGACGAUAUACUGUCGGCCAUGUCGCCCUAUAUGUCUGAACUUUUCCCUGAACUUUACGACCAAGAAACUGCAUCCACAGACAAGUCAGCCACCCUGUCUACUGAUCCUAUCCUCACCGACCGUAGUGCGUCUCUCUGGUCUCAACUUGUUGCUCCUCCUCCAUUGCAACCACCAAACUGGAUCCGCAGUCGCAUUCGCCGCCUGUUCCUGGUGUCCCUUGGUGUCCCUGUCGACCUGGACGAGAUUUUGCCCGCCAGCAAACAAAAGAAAUUAGUCCUACCCAACAUCCACUUGCCAGAACAGAAGAAAGAGGAUGAAAAAGCCAAGCAAAAUGGUAGUAGCAGCUCUACUGGAGGACGGAAGGGUCCUGCACCUCCGCCAGAGUUCAACGCCAACGAAGCAGCAAUGCUUGCCAAGACGACUGAUACAGCCACUGAGGCUUACUCUGAUGAAGAGCUAAAGGCACACGUGAAGAGGCUGGAGGAGCUUAUCAAAGAUGCUAGCACGGUGCUUGAGUACUGGAUGAAGAGGAAGGAAAGCGCUGUAGGCGAUAAGGAGGCAUUCGAAGGUGUCAUUGAAAAUCUUGUUGGCUUUGUCAAGAGUCGACGAUGA